UGAGUUUGAGGCGUUUUUGAUGUUUUUUCGUCUUCUAAAAGGACUAUUUCAAUGCUUGAUUCUGGAGUCCAGUCUUGACCGCAGCGGCAACUUUUUAAUUUUUCACCAAUUUUCGUGAUUUGUUUUGCGCGUGAACACUUUCCGUGGAGAGCUGCAGUCGCGUGGAGUUUUAAUCUACAGAUUGUGGAUAAACAGGAAACAGAUAUCCAGGUGUGUCCUCUGGUGUGCGUGCAAGGAUGAUGUCGUACCUGAAGCAGGCCCCAUACGCCAUGAACGGGCUGGGGCUCGGGGGCGCGCCCAUGGACCUGCUGCAUCCUGCGGUGGGAUACCCAGCUAACCCUCGGAAGCAGAGGCGGGAGAGAACCACAUUCACUCGCACUCAGCUGGACAUUCUGGAGUCUCUGUUUGCUAAAACGCGCUAUCCGGACAUCUUCAUGCGCGAGGAAGUGGCUCUGAAGAUCAACCUGCCUGAGUCCAGAGUUCAGGUUUGGUUUAAGAACCGGAGAGCCAAGUGUCGUCAGCAGCAGCAGAGCGGCAGCAACAACAGCACCAAAAUCCGCCCAGCAAAGAAAAAGGCCUCGCCGUCCCGGGAAAGUCCCGGCUCAGAGAGCAGCGGCCAGUUCACCCCUCCAGCCGUGUCCAGCACCAACUCUUCCUCAUCCUCCUCCUCAUCCUCCUCUUCUUCCUCUUCAGGCUCGAACCCCUCAGGGUUGGGUGGACUGGGCAUGAGUGGUAGCUCCGUCUCCGGCGCCACACCCGUUUCGUCCAUUUGGAGCCCUGCUCCCAUUUCUCCCCUCCCAGCCCCACCCACUCUGCCAGACCCUGCACCCCCUACCAGCGCCUCCUGCAUGCAGCGCAGUGUCUCUGCAGCAACUGGAGUGCCCUCGUACCCCGUCUCCUACAACCAGACAGCCGGUUACGGCCAGGGUUACCCAGCUGCUGCUUCCGGGUCGUAUUUCGGAAGCAUGGACUGCAGCUCGUAUUUGCCAGCCAUGCAUGGCCACCCGCACCAUCAUUCGCACCACGCGCAAAUCGGGUCCAUGUCGGGCACCGGAGUGUCCGGGCACCAUCACGCGCACCACCCGCAUCACCUCGGGCAAAGCAGCGGGCACCACCACCCGCACACCCACCCGCACGCUCACCCGCACCAGGGCUACGGCAGCUCGGGGCUCCCAUUCAGCUCCACGGACUGCGUGGAUUACAAAGACUACAAAGACCAGCAGGCAGCUGCCGCCGCUGCGUCGUCAUGGAAACUGAACUUCAGCUCAGACUGCUUGGACUACAAAGACCAGGCCGCCUGGCGCUUUCAGGUUUUGUAAGUUU